AAACAACAAUAAUUUCUGAUUUCCAUCGAAAAAGUAAAAUAAAAUAAAACCGACCAUGCCCACCUUGCCUUCUCAUGAAAACCACCUGUACAAACAGAUUCGGCACGACAUAAAUAAAAUACCAUUAACCAAAUUUUAUAUUAAUAAAAAAAUAUUAAAAUUAUAGGAAUGUUGACCCAAACCUUAUCCAACACCGCACGUCAAAGCAGUAUAAAUACCUAACGUGGUUGAACUAUCUACUAGUACAGAACCAGAGAUAACCAACCGAACGUGAGAGAAGAAAUAACCGAAAGCAAGAGAGAGUGACAUUGAUCGGUUCAAUGGCGGACAUAGCUAUUUUAGUGGCGGAGGAGUACGAACGGAGGGUGAGACAGACGGCUGAUUCUAGGUCGGCGUCGUUGGAAUUUGAUUGGUGGAAAAAUGUUCCGGCGAAGAUGACAAUAGAAGUCAACGAGAAGAAGAUAGAGAGUUUUAUGAAGAAGUUCGAGGCUAAAUCUCAGUUUGCCCUCGCCAUCUCCCAUGGCUUCUUCUCUGCUUGAUAUACGCUUUGUUCAUUAUCUAAUUUCGUUUCAUGAUCUAUCUGCUUUGUUGUUGUUUUUCUAAUGAUGUGGGAGUUUAUAUAAAAAAAGUAAAUAUCUGAAUUAAUCAAAUGGAUAUCUCUAUGACUUUGUCUUUUCCGUCACUGAAAAUGAAAGAUAAAACAAACAUCAGGGACCUACG